AUGGGCCCAAUCGAUCUAUCAAUGAUAGCCAAGGUGCUGACCAACAAUCCCAACCUCACCAAACUAUCUCUUCGAUUGUCCGAGGGUGCCAAAGGACACAAAGAAUUCUACGACUCCAUCUUUGCACAUCCAUCACUACGAUCACUUCAAAUCAACUUUUAUUUUGACACAAAUGACCAAGUACAAGAGUUUAUCGAGAUGAUCUCAACCAAGAACACAAAGAUAACCGAUCUUGGAUUCAGAGAGCAUGAUUAUAGAGUAAAGCCAGCACUAAAUAUAGUCGCCCUACUCAAAGCAUUGUCAGAGACUGGUGGUAAUCAAGUGAUUACACAUUUGAGAAUUGGUGCUUGGAAUGCCGCCAUCAGAUCAUCGUUGGUCAAAGCUAUGCAAGCUGGAUCGUCAGCACUACAACGAGUCACAAUCAAGGGACCAAAAGAUGAUCCAAUCGCCGACCCUAAACCCAAAAAGACACAAAAGAAAAAGAGACAAGUAGUAGAAGAUGAAGAUGAUGAGGAUGAAGAUUAUGAAGAGGAGGUAGAGGAAAAAGAAGAGAAGGAAGUUGAGGAAAUGGUGGAAGAAGUAGGAUGUAUCAAGAAAGUAUCACAUGAAUUGGAUACAAUCAUGACAACCUAUCAACUGACUGCCAAUGCCAGUACUACUGCUGACAAUGCUGGUGACAAGUCAUCAUCAUCAUCACCGAUGAUCACGAUCAAGUAUGAAGAGAGACUACUCGACGACGAAGAUGAAGAUGAUAAUGAAGGUCAAGAUGAAGAUGAAGAAAAGGAUGAAGAUGAAGAGGAUGAAGAAGAUGAAGAUGAAGAGGAUGAAGAAGAUAAAGUAGAGGAAAUGGUGGAAGAAGUUCAAUGA